AUGGACAGUCGAGUGUGGCUUGAAACUUUCGUCGAGGACUCGUGGGGAUGUUACGUGAGUAGCACUCACCCCGGACCAAUAGCCCUUCACGUUGACAAUCUGAAGUGUCACUUGGUGCCACUGCCAAAAAGUACGUCGGUUCUCCAGCCCUUGGACGUCGAGGUGAUGGGUCCUUUUAAGCAGAAGCUGCGAGCUAUUACACUAGCGUUUGAGCUCGGCGCUAUCGGACCUAGCGGUCUCCUGCCUCUACGUGAGUGUCUUCUGGCAAUUGAGCGCAUGUCGGCCCUUGAAAAGCGCAAGCGCCUAGUGGAACGUAAGGCUUGGCUGAAAGCGGGUCUCUAA